ACGCAUGACACACAAGAAUGGAAUGGGAAUGGGGAUGGGGCAUGGGAUGGGAUUUGCUACUAUAAAAGUCACCAGAAUCUCAAGUUUAAGGCACAGUCAACCACUGGAGCUAUCAACGAAGAGAACCAUGAGAAUCCUAAGCAUUUGUGUAGUGUUUGCAGCCUUUGUGGCCUUGAGUGCAGCUGAGCAUGGCACUGGCUCGAAGAGCAGAAGGGAAAGUGCCCUGGACAAGAUCGUGCCCCGUCUGUUGUGGAACCUGCGACAUGGCGACAGCAACCAGGAGAGUCACAGGCAGCAGCCACAAAUCAUCUUUGUGCAGCAACCAUCCUCGAAUUCGAACGAUGACAGGCAUCAAAAUCAUCAGCACUCUCCCCACUAUCCCUACUAUCCGUUCUACCCGCCACCACAACAGACGCGUCCACCGCAGCCACAGUACCCGGGAAUGGAAUAUCUGGGCACCGGGAGUGGAGGACCCACGUUCUUGAUCGUGAACCCCAACAACAUGCAGGGCAUAUAUCUGCCCGCCAACAGCUCCAACACGACGAAUGGCAGGAGGAGUGCUCAUGUCCCAUCGUUUGCUGAUCUUUUGCAGGGCCUGAACUUGAACGAUCUGGCAGAUGGAAGUCUCUUUGACGACGACUCUGAGGUGGUGGAUGCUGCAGAGGAGGGAAGUCCGGAUGUCCCUGCUGUUGAGAACGAUCGUCCAGCAGUUUCUGCGGCUGCCCAGGAGGAUGACCACGAGGGAGAUCUACUCAGCGAGGACGAAAUCGAUGCCUUGGACCGUCAGAACAAUCGUGGCUUGAACCCCAAGCUUCUGUUCUCGAUGCUCAUGCAGAACAAGCGUCGCAGGCGCAUUCAGGAGGUCCUGGCCGGCAUUUACUUCAGGAACACUCAUCUGAAUAGAAAGUGAGCCUUCCAGCUUCGAGUGAAUUGAACAAAUUGAAAUAUUUUGCGAGGCAGAGAAUAAACAGAGAAGAGGAGAAUAAAAACCUUCGCCCACAAAACACACACAAAAGUUCUCUCCUUUCUCUUCAUUAUGGGGCCGCACUUUAUCAUAGUUCCCUGGAGAAAUCUAAGCCGAAACUAUCCUUCGCAAGGACCCGGUCCUCCUGUUCCUGCUCCUGCUCCUUGUCUCAGCAGUUUUCUGGCUC